AAGAAGAGUAAGGAAAUUAAUAAAAAAAAAAAAAGAAAGAUAAAGAAAGAUAGAAGGGUGGAAGAAGAAGAAGAAGAAGAAGAAGAAGAAGCGAGCAAGCGAGAAAAGGAACAUCGUUAAGCUUUGACUACUAUUUUUCCUAUACUUGGAUUCCUAUCACCCUGACUACUACAACUACUAUAUUACAUCGGGAAUUAGUUGGAUUUUAUUUUCAACGGGUUGUGACUGUCUACUCGCGUGUUAUACAAAUCCGUGCUGCUAUUUCAACGAGAUUCGAGAACUGUGAGUGUUUAAUCUUGAACCUGAUCAAAUUUGGAGUCUAUAUGGUUAUCCUUAGGAAAAGAAUAAAUAACGAACAAAUUCUUCGUUAUUAAAUCGAAGAAAAAGAAAUAAUAAAUCGAGGAUUAUAAGAAGAAAUAAGAAAAGAAGAAGAAGAAGAAGGAGAAGAAGAAGAAUAAGAAGAAGAAGAAGAAGAAGAAGAAGAAGAAGAAGAAGAAGUUGAAUAAGAAGAAAUUGAUUACAGUAGUACUGGCGAGGUAACGGAUUAAGCUCGCUCGAGGAAGCAAUUUUCUCAUGGGUGUGGAACGAUCCGGGAGAGGAGCGCGAUAUAUCUCGAGUGUGUGUGGGUGUCGCGGUCACUGCGGAGAGGGCUCGCUCGCAGUGGAUAGCGCCAUCAUCGUGUCGGCUGCCACGUGAAGCGCUUCCGAGACCUUUUUUGGUUAUCUAUUUUUCUUCCUUUCUCUCUCUCUCUUUCAUUUAUUUAAUCUCCCUCAUUUAUAAUCUUUUAUACGAAUAGAAUAAUAUUCUCUCCCUUGACUCUUAUUCCCGUACUUGUCGCAUCCCUUAAAACUUCACUUUUUUAAUUUACCCGCUUUUUUGGUGGAAAUUAGCAGUGAGUUAGGACUCGGAUUUAAAACGGGAACGGAACGAUACGAAACGGAACGGAAUCAAGCCGAACGACGGAAUUAAGCGGAACGGAACGGAACGGAACGGGAGGAGUGGACAAAAGAAGGAAGAGAGGAUAAGAGAGAGAGAGAGAGAGAGAUAAAAGAGAGAUCAAAUAUUAAGAAGAAAAUAAAAAUAUAUAUUAUCUGGAGUGUUCUUCGAUUAGUAGGACCAUUUGUUAAGGAAGUUUGAUCGUUGUGCUACGUCCCAAGUUGGAAUAUUUGUAUCCUUACGAUUCGACAAGGAUAAAAAUGAUUUUUUCUCUAUAAUUAUUAUCCCACUUUCUGUAAGGGAUUUUAGAGAAGUUCAAGAGAAAGAUUGGAAAAGUUAGGAAGAUUGAGGAUUAAUCAAACAAGUAAAGAAGGAAGCAAACAAGGAAGCCGUUGACCUCGCUGUCUGUCCUAUUGGAAGAUAAGGAAGCGGAUAUAAUCGAAGUAGGGAUUAACGAAGCGAAAAUCGCGAAAAAAGGAUAGAGAAAUCGAGCGAGUUGAUUCGAGCCGAGUCGAGUUGAGUCGAGCCGAGUCGAAUCGAGUCGAGUCGAGUCGUGUGGUGGCAGCCCAGUGACCCGUUUUCUCCCUUUACCCUUAAAUCGAUGUACUCCCGUGCCGUUUAGAAGGGAACGAAAACAAAACACGAGCUUUCAAAGACCCUUACACGCUCCUUCUUCGCUACUCUUUCUUCGAGGAUAUCGGAAACACGGCAACACGCUACCCGUGACCCCCUUUUUCAUUCCAAAUCGAUGUAGUUCUCGUUGAUCGAGAGAGUGUGCCAGAGAAAGAGAGAGAAAGAAAUAACGUUAAGAUUAACAAAGAUAGAUAGAUAGAUAGAUAGAUAGAUAAAUAGAUAGAUAGACGGAUAGCCAAAUAGAUAGAUAGAUAACAAAAAAAGGGAUAUAGAAAAAAAGAAAAACAAAUAAAGUAUUUGAAGAAAGUGAAUUUUCCUUUGACAAUCAUAAGAACAACAACGUCCCUCGACGUCGUUCCAUGCUGGAUCCGAGCGUUGGACCAGGUACGACGGAGAGGGAAGAGAGAAGAAGAAGAAUGCGAGAACCUUUUAAAAGUCUGUGAACAUGAUUUGUCAUACGGAUGUCGCGGGUGGUAAUCGUAAGACGAGCAACACCGACGACGAAGACGAAGACGACGACGGCGACGACGAGGACGAGGACGAGGACGACGAGGAGGAGGACGAGGACGACGAGGACGAGGCCGAUAACGAUUACGAUAACGACAAGAACGAGGAGGAGGAUAAGGAGAACGAAGACAAGGAGGAGGACAAAGAGGAAGACAAAGGAACGAAUUAUUUCACAAUUGAUACGUUUAACGCGUUGAGGACUAUUGUUGUUAUUAGAGAGGAAGAUAGGAUAAUAAGGAGAAGGAGAAGAAGAAGGAUAGAUAGAGGAGAACAAGUAGAAGAAGAAGAAGAAGAAGAAGAAGAAGAGGAGGAAGAAGAAAAAGAAGGGGAGGGCGUAACGUCGCGGGCGUGUUUGCGAGGGUUUGGUGAUAAGGUGGUGCGUUCACCGGGUGUCGGAUGACUCGGCGACGAGGGCUUAGAUAUCCCGUAGUCGUAGAAAAGGCGCGUUAUCCCGCGAUAAUAAUAAAAAUAAUAAUAACAGAAGGUGGUUAUAUAUCAGUCUUAUAUUCGAUAAGAGAACAUAGUUCGCGCGAGUCCGUCGCGUUAUCUCGUAGGCGACGUCGCCGGUGCGUUUUGGCGCUGCAUCAGCACCGGCCUCCUUCUCUUAGCCAGGCCGCUGCCCACCAUCCUGCCCACCAACACGUUAAACCCCGACCUCCCCCCCGUGCUGCACCCAACUCGCCCAACCUCUUUACACCGUGAUGGAGGACUUACCCGAUAUCUCGCACCUCACUCCCGAGGAGAGGCGCAUCAUCGAGGAAGUCGUCAUACGGCAAAAGAGGGAGGAGGAAAAAGAGAAUGAAAUUAUGAGACGAAAACAGGACGAGGUACAAGUCCUCGAAGAAACGAUACGAGCCCGCUCGGAAAAACACAAGAAGGCUGGGGUAGAACUUAAUGCAACGUGUCAAGUGUGCAUGAAAACCAAGUUUGCCGAUGGCAUUGGUCACAACUGCAACUACUGCCAUAUCCGGUGCUGUGCACGCUGCGGUGCAAAGAUCACUCUACGUUCGCGUAGGGAAAUAUGGGUGUGCAUCGUCUGUCGAAAGAAGCAAGAGGUCCUGACGAUGACAAAGGCUGGCCUCGGGACCGUGGACAAUGCGAUGCUGCCAAUGCGAAUGCAGGAGGACAUGCAGGUGGGUGGUCCUCCGGGACUCUUGGACCAAACUCAGGAUAAGAGGCCGAAACUCGAGAGGGCGCACAGCGCAGCCGAGAAGGAGAACCUGCCUUUGCUGCAAAGAAGCGGAAGUCUGCUCAAAAGGCAGUACUCCCAGCAAGAGCAGGUUCCACGUCGGGUGUCUACCAGCGAUAGCGGAGUUGAGAUGUCCGUUUCACCUCACUCGAGAAGUCUACCGACACCCCAAGUAGUCGGUUCGUAUCCUAUACCAAAAUCUCUGAGACAUCAUACCUUCGGCCCAGACGAAACUAGUCUGUUCAGGAGUGAAAUCGACGGUCUCAUGAGAGAACAUCAAAAAAAUUAUCCGAGGCAUCGACCGAUUUAUCAGGAUCAAAACUCUGAUUUUGCAAUGGCUUAUGGUCAACCCGGGACGGAAACGGGACCUUCGCGUGGACCAGUUCAUCCCUCGCAACAGCACACAGUUGUACAUCAAGCGCAAGGUACGCAUCCCUCACAAUCAGCUGUGGCAGGUCAGAGUACUCUUCAGCAACAAAGAAGUUACAGUAGCAGCGAGGAAGAACGGAGUACACCGGAAUGUGGGAGUGACGAGCCGGACGAGUCCGAGAAGGGAAAGGAGUACUACCCUAAGAUGGAUGGUCCAAUGGCUGUGAGCAAGGAUACACGUACGAAGAAGAAUGCUACCCAUAAUGGGCAACUAUCCAUUACGAGUACUAUCAAUAUCGAAUUUAAUGGCAAUCAUCAACCGAGAGAGCCACGAAAAGAACUCAACACGAUCGUCAGACGGAGUUUCCGGAGGAAUGGCGACGAAUGGCGUGCCGAUAGUAGGAGGUUCACCGAAAGAAGGGGGAAAAAGACGGUACGAUUUUACGGUGGGACCAAUAUUGGGAGACAUCAGGAGGAUGAUUGGUCAUGGGAAGUUGCCGAUCAUUGUCGGCAAGGUAGUCAGGACAGCGCAACUAAAGAUUCCGGUAUAGACACGUCAAGCACCUUCACGAGCAGUGAAGAAAGCAACAGGGGCGAGUUGCCCAAGCAUCCUUUGUCCUGGCAAGUAAGCAGAGACGGUCAGAAAGUAAUCGGACACAUGGUCUUACGAAAGUCCUUGGGUUCUGAAACCGGUACAAGUAUACUCGGUCUCAAGGUCGUCGGUGGGAUACUAUUAGAGGAUGGUUCUAGGGGUGCAGUUAUCGAAAAAGUCAAGAAGGGUAGUACAGCAGAUGUUGAUGGUCACUUAAGACCCGGUGACGAGGUACUCGAAUGGAAUAACAGAUCUCUUCAGGGUAGGAGCUUCAAGGACGUAUACGAAAUUAUCGCGGAAUCGAGACAGGAGUCUCAAGUUGAAUUGAUAGUUUCGCGAAAUUUAUCGGCUGCUUUGGCACCUAGUACUACGACAAUGACGACUUCGACGAUUAUGGUAGGACAACAACAGCAACAACAAAAACAAUUGCAACAACAACAAUUACAUCAACAAAGAUUACCGGUUACGUCGAUGUCCGUCCCGUCCAGACGAAUUACUUCGCAAACCCAAUGGAGAACAAAACAGGACUCCAUUUCCAGUCCUCAACAACCACAUCAUAAAGAUUAUAUGAUUUUUCGCAUUCCAGGUCUUAAGAAAUGUAUUCUAUGGGAGUUGUACGACGCGAGGCGCGAGAAACCGUCGGUUUUAGUGACGUCACCUGGUUCACCGGACCUAAACGCUCAAGGACGUGUCAGGCAUGGACGUAGAGCAACGACAGGAAACGUCAACGUCGGUGGUGAUCUUCAAGUGAAGUUAGCCUUCGAUCCUGUAGCACUUCAACUAUUGGUCACUGUCAUUUGCGCAUCGGCUCUUAGCCCACGUCCUGAUGGUCAACCGAGAAAUCCUUACGCCAAGAUCUUCCUACUUCCUGAUAGAAGCGAGAAGUCAAAGAGACGAACGAAAACAUUGGCGAACACGAACGAUCCUAAAUGGAAUCAGACAUUCGUUUACAACGGGAUAAGAAGUUCGGAGCUUAGAAAGAGGGCAUUGGAGAUAACAGUUUGGGAUUACGGGAGGUACGACGCGAAUGAUUUUCUCGGUGAGGUCGUCAUAGAAUUGGCUGUUGCACCAUUGGACGACGAAAUAGAAUGGCAUCCAUUGACGAUACACGCGGAACAUCGGCAUUAUCAGGAGGCCGAGGAUAUGGUGAUAACUCCGGUGGAUUGCCAUCUUAGCCCGCCGUCGACAACAUCGAGAUUAAGCGAUUCCGACACUUCGGAGUGCGACAUCACGGAUUGCGACGUCUCCAGGGAACAGAGACGAACGGCUGACGGUGCCAGCAUAAGUAGUAUCGGCAGUUCCUCCAGGUUUCAUAAUAUGCCGUCAAAUUAUAAGCGCCACUAUUCUAGCCCCCCGCCGGAAAGAGAGCUGUGUGUCGAUGGUGAACAUCGGAGUCGAAGGGACAUGUCACCUCAAGGUCGUAAAAGAGCUGCCCUUAUGGUGUCCCGUGAUCAUCCCGCGUCCAUCUCUGGCUAUCAAACUUAUCGCAAGGACGAUAUUCAUCGUGGAAUGAUGGGUCACAGAUCUCACAGCGCGGCACCAAUGGACUCACCUAGCGUACGUUACCGUGGCCGAUCCCAAAGUCCCACCGGUCAUCGUUCUUUAUCUCCACCCGAACACAGAUCCAUGCCUUAUUCGCACAGUUACAUGCCGAGAUUCGGUUCUAGAUCGGCAACAGCCACACCUACCGGUUCGCCAAAGAAGCGUCAGCUUCCACAAAUCCCAGCAGCCUUGAAGGACAGAGUAACGCACGAUUUUGAAGAUAGAGCAAAGUUUAUGAGGCAUCGUAAUAGACCAGGACACACAACUUAUAGGAGUACAGGAAUGGGAGGCUGGGAAAGACACUACAGUGGUCUUUCAGAUUCGGAUCUACCAUCGAUGGGACAUGAUCCUUUAUCGUUACCGCACAGUAAUGCUCACAGACUGCACAGACCACGAAGGGGGCAUUUAAGUCCGGACAAAGAUGUGCUUGGUGACCUUGGGGACUCCGACAUGGAGAGCAUAGCAUCAGUAACGAGCAGUGCCUUCAGUACGCAAUCGGAACGACCACGUGGAUCGAGGGGAUUAAUUCUCUUUGAUUCCCAAACCGCUACCUCCGACACUGCUAAAAACUACCACCCACGGGCCGACGAUCAUCAACACGAAAACCCACGUACGAUCGCGAAACCGACAUCGACGCAAUACCACCAACAACAAUAUCAACAACAACAACAACAACAACAACAUCAACAUCAACAACAUCAACAACUACAACAACAUCAACAACAUCAACAACAUCAACCACAUCAUCGACAUCAUCAACAUCGUCAAACGAACCACGAACCACGAUCGUCGUCGUCGUCGUCGCCGCCGCCGCCGCCGCCACUCCCGCACCCGCACCCGCACCCGCCGCCGUCGUUGUCGUCGUCGUCGUCGUGUCAAUGCUGCGCCCAUCCUCCUCCCUUCAUUCACAAUAAUAAUACCGUUGACUACGUCGCCGCUAACAAUUACUAUCCCUCUAAUCGUCGCCACGACCACGACAAUGAUUUCCCAAUGACUUCCCAUCGACGUACCGCCCACCAUCGGAAAAUAUUAACUUAUCACGACGCCGGCGGCGACGCCGACGGUACCGUUAACGUCAUCAUCGACGAUGGUGACGUUCUCGACGGUGAUGUUGUUGAUCAUCGACGACGACGUUACGACGACGACGACCUGCGGGAUCGUCGCUCCUCCUCCAUGCCCGAAAGCAGCGAGUACUCCGGCCAGUCGGGCUCGUACGAAAAACCAACGAGGCAUCAGACGACCGACAAUGGCCACGACGAACAACAUACAGGAAAACGGGGCCAAUUUAUUAGGAGUCUCAGUAACACGGACGCGCCGCCCGAUGAGAAAGUUGAUGGGAGUUUGAGCGACACGGCCGUCAGUCACGUGGAUGAUGCCUCGAGGAGGGAUCGUAAGAGUUCACCGGGUAGUAAAAGUGGAAGCGGAAGUAGCAGCGGCGGCGGAAGCGCCGUACAGUAUCAGACCGGGCUUGGAAAGAAGAGUAACAGCACGAGUCAGCUAUCCGCGACAGGUGGUACAUGCGUGGGCGAGGAAGGACGGAAACGACGGCUUGGAUUUGGGAAGAAGGGGAAGUCGUCCUUUACAGUUCACAGGAGCGAGGAAGUCCUACCGGAGGACACGGCCAGCGGUAGGAGCGGAAGGCAAGCGAGCUCCGCGAGCAGCGAUGGCGAGGGAAGCGGCGACGGGGACAGGUCCGUCCAUCGUCCCAUUAAACCCUGGUCACCCAGUCUGCGAUUGGCAUCGGAGACCGGGCAGCUGAGAGACUUCAUCGAGGAUCUUGGGCCUGCACAAGUAGUUGGAAGACAAGCGUUAGGUGCUGGUCAUCUUGGUGCCAUACAACUAUCUCUUAGCAAUACCAAAGGUUAUCUCGAAGUUGAGAUAAUUCGUGCCAAAGAUCUUAAAUCGAAAAUUGGAAGCAAAGCCAUUCCAGCUUCUUACGUAAAGGUUUAUCUGAUGAAUGGGAAGAAAUGUAUAGAAAAAGCGAAGACCUCGACGGCACGAAGAACGUUAGAUCCUUUUUACCAAGAAUCUUUGGCAUUUAGAGAAAAUUACCGGGGCUGUAUAUUGCAAAUUACAGUUUGGGGUGAUUAUGGCCGUUUCGAAGGGAAGAAAGUGUUCAUGGGCCUCGCACAGAUCGUAUUGGACGAUCUGAACCUGAAUCAGAUGGUGUUUGGAUGGUACAAACUGUUUGACGCCACAUUGCUGGUCAGUGGGCCUUCAACCCUUGCUUUAUCACGUCGCUCCUCAGCCACGUCCUUAGAAUCCUUGAAAUCACUGCGAAUCGAUGAAGUUUCGAGUGAACGUGAAACGGAGGAAAAGAGAUCGGCACGUUUUUUGGACGUCGAUGAACGAUGAUGAAAAUGUGAUCCAGAAGAAGAAGAAGAAGCAGAAAAAGAAGAAGAAGUUUCAUUGGUGGAAACCGAAGAAUACAAAUCUUCGAGCACGAGGGACGAAAUAUUGUGCUUACCUACCCUCGAAGUUGAGAAAAACGGACACAACAUUUUUCGUCGUGUGAUUGAACAGGAAAAAAAAAGAA